AUGUUUCAAGUGCGGUCGUCAGGCGGCAGCCUCGGGCGGACGAAGAAUAUAAUACAUUUCAUACAAGGAUUUAUUAUCUUCCUCGCAUGGGCCUUGACCAUCGCUAUCUGGACCAAAGGAGAUGGCAUAGAUGGGCGCACAGGCUGGUACUGGGGUUUGUGCUGGUUGAGUAUUCCUGGCCUGGUCUAUCUAGUAGCAGUGCCCAUGUGGCCACGAGCUCGACGCUUCGGUAACGUCUAUGCCUUCGCCUGUGUUGACAUCCUUUAUUCGAUUCUCUGGCUCAGUGCGUGGAUCUGUCUCGCUUCCUAUGUCGCCCAAGGAAAGUCCAAGGGCUCGACCACCGACGACGACGAGAAGACUACUACUAAGAGAGCCGAUGAUACGACCACCACUACCACCACCAACACCACCAAGACGGGAUGCGAUAACUGGGGAUACGGCAGCGCUGCCAAGUGCAAGCUGAGCGAGGCAACUACAAUUAUCGGUGUUUUCAUCUUCGUCCUCUUCGCCAUCACCUCCUGGAUGUCCUUCCGCAAUGUCACGCACUUCCGCCGCACCGGCACCCUCCCCGACGCCGUCUCCGAUCCCACCUUUGCCGCACAGAGCAAAGCCGCCUUCUCAUCGAACCCAGCCCAGGACUUCGAAGAGGACGAGGACGAUAUCCGCUCCGGCCGAGGCGGCAACAUGGGCCCAUCGACCCUCGGCGACCAGGACGAGGACUAUGCCCUCCUGCAUCAGAGUGAGGUGGAUGACCUAGGCAACGCACACGGCCGGACCGCGAUGCAAGGCUCCUACGAUCCCACCGCUACCGCCCCUGGAGGCGUCCUCCAUGAUUAUAACAGUACUGGUUACGGUGGUGCGCAUGGCCAGCACUAUGUGGAGCCAUCUAGUCAGUACGAGCCGUCUACUCAUUACAAUCCGUCGGAAUACACCCCGUCUGAAUACACCGCUCAUACUGGGUUUGGUGGCUCAUCUGUGAGUGGGUACGGACGGCACGCGAGUUGA